UUACACUUGUGUUGAUGUCAACACCAGCACCAACAACACAUUUUGUUCAAUGUAAUGGGUACAAAUUUGCAGUAUGUUGUGUAGUGAAGUAGUCCCCCAUGAACCGGAAAUCAUAUGCCGGUGCAAAACUUGUGUGAAUCGGAAACCUAACGUUGAACCCUGGCCGGAUAGUGCACCACAACCCGAAACAAUUCAGCAAAUCGAGCCAAUAUAUAUUGAAGAAAAUAACAUAAUGCCACCAGUCGAAGACCAACAACUCUCACAAAGUGAGGAAGAAAGCAUUCUUGGCAACGAGGAAGCCCCUCGAUCGGGGUCAGCUUCUGCUGGUCGAGCGAACGACCGGCCACUGAUUUUGCUCAUUGUUGUUAAUAAAUCGGAAAAUGGAACCAAAUCUAAAGAAAGUGAUGGUGGAGGUGGUGUAUGCAGCGAAUGUCAAAAUGAAAUGCGAUCACGUGAAUGUUCUUCACGCUUCAAAGGUAACGAAGAGGAUAUGCGCGGAUGUUCAUCGGGAAGAGGUGGGCGUUACUCUAACUCGUUCAACCCCAGACAGUGUUGGCGGAACAUGCCCAUGAAUAUGCCUAUGAAUAUGAACGCGCAGACAGGCUGCAAAUGCGGAGCUAUAAAUGGGAACAUGAAUGCGAACAUGAAUGCGAACAUGAAUGGAAACAUGAAUGCGAACAUGAAUGGAAACAUGAAUGAAUAUAGGAAUGCAAGUAUGAGCAGAGCGAACAGCUCUUCGCGACCAAAGAGAUGUCGAUGUGAGAAAAUGCAGAACGAUUUUCCUCCACAACCACCCAGUCGCAACAGUUUUGUAAACUAUUCCAUGAGUGCCGACAAUGUGUCCCGUGUCAUGACGCGUGAGCCUAGCGUUGUAAGUUUUCCUGCGCGACACAAGAGCGAGGACUGGACAACUGGCCAGGAAAAGGAUUGCCCAUGCAAUCAACAGCGUUACAACAAUGUGGAGAAAUAUCAACGUGUCGAUGUGCCCAUUUGCAUAACAAAAGGACAGUGCAGUCGCUGUCGGGGCUUUGAAGAGGAACCCAACGACUAUGACUACCAAUGCCCCACGGGUGAUGAAGAGGAGGAAGUUUACACCAGUGAUUGCAAUAUCCAGCGUAUGCCAAAGAAAAAACCACCCCAUAAGCCAGAUAACCAGUAUGAGAAGCCGCCGAAACCACCAAAAAGGCCAAAGAAAAGAAAAGAAUACAACAUUAGUCGCAGAUACGACCGGUUUGCUUCACCUCCAAUCUUACUGGAGCCGAAGCCUUGCUGUCUGGAAUGCUGUUGCCGUCCGUGUUGCCGUCCUUGUUGCCAUCCAUGCUGUCGUUGGUGCUAAUUUUGUCGACAGAACAAAUGCCUUAUCCAUCACUUUUAACUGAAAAAUACAAUAAAUCCAUAGCCCAAACUUCAAAGUUAUAGAAAGUUGGCACCGCAG